CUGAAGCUGAGGCUGGCACAGCAGCAGUCACGCUCAUGGCUUGGGUAAUAUUCAUUCUUGUCUGGCUCCCAUCGUAGCCUUGUCUCUAACUAACGUUCUGUGAAAUUGCAUCUGUUCUCUAGACAGGCCUAGGGGUGUCAGCUCCCAUGUGUCAGGGCUGCCUGUCACUGUCUCAGGAGCAGUAAUUGCCGACAUUGUAGCAUUACAACGUAUGGAGUUGCUAAGAUCAAGACCCCAGUUUUUGGAUGAUGAAACUUGUCCUUGCCUAGGGUAUGGAGAUUCGCCUCAGGCAGUGUCUUGAUCACCGUGCACACCGCUUUGUCGGACAGGCGGACUUUGGGUUCUAAAACUGGCUGCACCCUUUUGUUUCUUUGUGCUUCAGUCUGCUCAUCCACACACAGCCUAGUCACUGGUGAUGGCUGGCGUGGUUCCAAGGCCCAGGGCAGGGCAUGGAGAUUCCUCCUGGCCUUGCCCCUCGCUUCUCCCCAUAUUCCCCAGGCCACCUAGGAGUUCCACCGUGCACCCACUGCCUCAUCACCUUCACCGAUGCCAACUUCUGGGAGCGUCACAUGACGAAGGAGCACCUGUAAGACUUUAUGGUCCAUAAGCUGCAGGAAGCCGUCUUCAUUUGCUUCACCUGUGCCUGCUCAUGCCCCUCCAGCAAGGCCCUGAUCCACCAAUGCAGCCACAGUCCUACUGCCAAGCCCUCCCCACGGUGCUCCCCAAGACCCAGUAGACCCAGUCCGCUUCUCAGGCAGCACCACCAGGUCCAUGAAACCCACACCACCCCUAGCUCCUUUGCCUGGACUGAGUGUGGCCGGGAUAUUGCCCAGAAAGCAGGAUGCCAUCAACACUAGAGUGGGCAUGCUUAGGGGAGCUCUGAGUAGACGUGAGCCCUCUCUGCAGUGAUGGGGCUCUACAGCUGGGGGAUCCACCCAUGCUAGGGUCGCAGAUCUCCUGGGAGGAUUUAAUUACCCUGCCAGGAAGGCACAAGUGUCACAUCUGCAGUUUUUGGAGAACAUAGGGUCUUUCCAGAAGCAGAGGCAUCGGAUAAAUAGACGCAUUGAGAAAGCAAGGAAGAAGAAUUGCUCCUAUCUUCCCCAUCCCUAGUUAAAUAGCUUCAGAUUCUAUAAUCACCUUUAAUUUUUCCCAGAUGGAUGCCAGGGGCUGCAGGAGGAAAUUACCCUGGCGUGGUGCCUGGGUGGGGGCAGGGAAGGGAAGUGCUGCUAGCCUGCGAUGCUGGGUGAGUUCCAGACCCUGAGGUACGGGGGCUGAGGUGGGGGGGCCUACAGUUUUAGGCCCUGUCUCUUCCAUCCCUAUGCCAGCUUUCCCCAACUCAGAGGGGCAAGGGCGUUGCAAGGUACUACCCACUGCCAGAUAUUUUACGCCCUAUUUUCACUACUUUUGUGUACCAUUCUAGUGAUGGGCUAUUUUUAUAUGCACAAAUGAGGUGCCAUGAGUAAACCAACAGAAAGGAUGUCUAAAAACCAAACAAAACCAAACAUCCAUGUUAAAAUAUCUAAGGAGAGCCCUGGCUUUUGAGUGGGAACUGCGGGGGAACAUAAGGAAGUGGGGAGGAGCGGGCACAGGGCAGAGCUGGCCCAGCCCUACAGAAGAACUAGUUUGGAAUCAAACAGAGAUGCCUUCUGCUUUGUGUUUCAUUUGGCCAACACUGAGAUUUCCUGUGGAGGCCCUGGCUAUGACUUUCCUGAAAGGCCCAGCGAAGAGUUUAACUGUCAUUAGGGGCAGAGUAGUGGGUGUCAUCCUGGCCCUGAGAAUGAGUCCCACUGAGUCUGUAUUUUUAAACCUGAGGAAUGGUUUAAAAGCCCAAAGGUGAGCUGGGCAUGGUGGUGCAAGCCUGUGAGUUUGAGGCCAGCCCAGUCUACAAAGUUCCGGGAUAGAGAAACCCUAUCUGGAAAAACAAAAAGGCCACAGGUGAAGUGGAUGUGGUAGAAAUGAUUCCUGUCAAAUUUUUUUUUUUUUUUUUUUUUUUU